UAAACCGUAUCAUACACAGUAUUUGAUAUAAACGUUGCUCCGAAUACAGAGACUCACUUAACUCACCCACACGAACAUCUGACUGUUUACAAUGGGUCGCGAACCACCGAAAACUGUCAAUCUCGUGAAUUCGUUUCGAUAUACUUAACUGAAUUAAUUUAGAAAACGGAUUUGGUUGUCUUUCCUCUCAGUCAAAACGACCAAACGAGUGCUUAUAACAUCGAUUACAACUUAUGUCUUCGGAGUAUUUUUAUUAUUGACGUCCACAUCAGAACCGUUUUAUAAUCCUACUGCCAAAGACCCGUUGUUGAAACAACAAUGGUGUCCAACAAGUCGGUCAACGAUAGGUUUUUCCAGUCAUGCAUCAAUGGCGAUUUGAUCAGUAUACAAACCGACCUGUUCUACAACGUUUCACCUUUGGUUCGAGAUAAGUACGGAAAUAAUGCUUUGCACCUAGCAUGUAUGAAUAAUCAACCAAAAGUAUUAGAGCACUUAUUGAAAACUGUCAAAGCAUUCAAAAAUGAUACUCAGAAUAAACUUGGACGUACUGCAUUAAAUAUUGCAGCUUCUCAAGGUGCUUCAGAAUGCAUUGAUAUUUUAUUGAACAAUUUGCACUGUGACAUUAAUUCUACAGAUAAAAAUUUUAAGAACACUCCUCUUCAUUGGUGCAUUACUAGUAAAUGUAUCGAAGGAGUUAAGUUAUUAUUGAAUCAUGGUGCUGACUUAAAACUGGUCAAUAAAUUUGGCAAAAGUCCUAUACAACUUGCCAAAACAACAUGUUUAAAUAUUUUUCAUUUCAUAAAUGAAUUUGUCAAAGAUAAAAAUAAGGAUUAUUAUUUACACUCAACUUCUGAAACUAACAGUACUGGUAAACUAAAAAAUAAUACAUAUUUAGGAUCAUCAUCUAGUACGUCACAAUUUAAAACAACUAGUGAAUCUUCAAAAUUAGGCUCAAAAAUAUAUGCCGAGUCAAUUAAUCAACUAAACAUUAAUAGUAAUGAUUCAACAUUAGAGCCAGAUUUGACAUCAAAUAAUUCAAAUGAAUCAUUCUUUUUGGAUAUGUCAAAACUAAAAGAUGGUGAUAAUUCUGUAUUAAAUUUAUUGGAAAAGUCUAUUGAACCAGUAGAUGAAACUUCUUUUGUAUCUUCAAUCUUAAACAGUGGGAAAGUUAUUCAGUUGACUGAAGCUGGUAUACUUGCCCUAGAGUAUACAAAAAAUGAAGUAAAUACUCCAAUACCUGAUAGUUUAGUAAAAAGCUUCUUAAAUACAUCACAACAGUAUAAUGAUAAUGAUACUAAUAAAAAGAGCAAAAAUGAAGAUUCAAAAACACCUAUUAAAGGAUUAAAGCGUAUGAAAAGUCCACAGCCCUGUUCUAAAAAAAUUAAAUACACUGAAACUCCUAUAGAUAAAAAUUCUGAAUUUGAAAGUUUACUAGAGCAGUUGAGUUCUAAAUAUACAAAUACUGUACCUAAAGCUAAUAAUUCAAAUGUAUGUGGUUCACAAAAUGUAUCAUCAGUAGAAAGCAAUGUCAUGAAAAAUAAUGAAGUUUAUACUGAAAAUCAAUUAGUUUGUUUGAAUUCUGAUAUCAACACUCAACCUAAAUGGGUAGAAGAUCUUAUGUGUUUAUUGCAUAAAUUAGAUAAUCCAGACACUGCAGACAAUUAGUCAAUUGAACAACAUAACUAACUCAAAAUAUAAUUCCUAAUUUCUAGUCAUGCAUAUAGGUAAAUUGUGUAUAUUGUAAUUUAUUAAUAAAAAUAUUCUCAACA